UAAACAGUUAAAUAAUCGCUUUUGAAAGCGGUUAUGCGGAUAACAAUUGCAGAGGGAAUAUACCCGUCCAGUUUGUAGAGGCCUACUACUCGCGGGCACGAAUUUGAUCCCAACGGUGAAAGCCACCGCGCUUAUCAAGAACCAGCAGGUCAUUUCACACACACAGCUUCACAAGCAGAGAACCAUGGCUCCACUCAAUUCUACCAAACCCGAAGAGGAUCAGGUUCUGAUUGAAGAGAAGUCGUAUGCGAGAAUAUUGACGUUGAAUAGGCCUAGGCAAUUGAAUGCCCUUUCAUUUCAAAUGAUUUCUCGGCUAUUGGAACUUUUUGUUGCCUAUGAGGAGGAUUCUAAUGUCAAGUUUGUAAUCGUCAAGGGAAAGGAAAGAGCAUUUUGUGCUGGUGGUGAUGUUGCAGCUGUUGUUCGUGAUAUUAUUGAAGGUGACUGGAGAUUAGGUGCACAUUUUUUUUGCAAGGAGUACAUCUUAAAUUACAUUAUGGCCACAUUUCGUAAAACCCAGGUUUCAAUUCUUAAUGGAAUUGUCAUGGGAGGUGGGGCUGGCGCUUCGAUACAUGGUAGAUUUCGGGUUGCAACAGAGAACUCGGUCUUUGCAAUGCCGGAAACAGCUUUGGGACUCUUCCCAGAUGUAGGUGCCUCUUAUUACUUGUCAAGACUGCCUGGAUUCUUUGGAGAAUAUGUUGGUCUUACGGGCACUAGGUUGGAUGGUGCUGAAAUGCUUGCAUGUGGCCUUGCAACUCACUUUGUCCCCUCGGUGAGAUUGUCUUUGUUGGAAGAAGCACUGCACAAGCUAGAUUCAAGUGAUCCACCCAUCAUUUCUGCAAUUAUUGAUGAAUACUCACAGAAACCUUAUUUGAAAGAGCAAAGUGCAUAUCACAGAUUGGAUGUCAUUGAUAGGUGCUUCUCUCGAAGAACAGUUGAAGAAAUUUUAUCUGCCCUUGAGAGAGAGGCCUUGAAUACAAAGGAUGAUUGGAUCUCUGCAACAAUUCAGUCACUGAAGGGGGCAUCUCCAAUGAGUCUCAAAAUUUCUUUGAGAUCAAUCAGACAAGGAAGGCUUCAAGGUGUUGGUCAAUGCCUUGUCCGUGAGUAUAGAAUGGUUUGUCAUGUCAUGCGAGGAGAAGUCAGCAAGGAUUUCUUUGAGGGCUGUAGAGCUUUACUGUUGGAUAAGGACAAGAAACCAAAGUGGGAGCCCUCUAAAUUGGAGCUUAUUAGUGAUGAUAUGGUGGACUCGUACUUCUCUAUGGUGGAUGACGAAGUGUGGGAAGAUUUAAAGCUUCCUGUAAGAUCCAAACUGCCUACAUAUGCCAUUGCGAAGCUUUAGUGUAUCAAGGUAGGUGAUAAAGGGAAAAUUGUUUCACUUUUGAUUUCUUACUAAGUGAUAUUAAGUCAUUUCUUAUAUUAUAGAGGUCUAGGAUAAAGUGCAAUAUGGAGUCUGUGAUAUUUAAGAUUCUUCUUAAUCUUGUUUAUAUAUAUAUAAACUACAGUUAAAUUAGAUAAUCCAAAUUUGUUCGAGCACAUGCUUUGUGUCUUAUGUUUUUUGUUCUCAAGACAUUAAUUAAUAAACAAUUUUAAACACAAAACACUUCUAACAUGAAACACUUUUUAUAAAAAUGUCUUAUUUUUGUAGGAAUAUUUUGACAAAACUUGUGUUUAACUUUUGUAGAUAUCAGAGUUAACUUGUUAUUUAAAAAAAUUAAAUAAUUUAACAUUAAAAAAAGAAAAAAAAAGAAGGAUGGCUGUAUGGCCACCCGAAGUAGAAGAGGGGUGGCCUUGCUUGUUGGUUGACUGUGCAGCGACUCUGACAGGCUUCUUUUUUUCUUUUUUCUUUUUUUCCCUUCUUAAUUUUUUGUUUUGUAUAAGUAGAGUUCUACAUUUGUUUGGGUUUUUAAACAUAAGCAUAAGCAUGUGGACACUAUAGAAAACAUUUUCUUAAAGGAAGACCUCAUAGAAAACACUUUUUAAGAAAACAUAUUCUCAAAGGACACAUGGUCCCAUUUAAAAAACAUUUCUAAAAACAAUUUUCAAUUUUAUGUCACAUCAUAAUAUUUUUUUAAACAAAAAUACAAAAUCAGAAACCUUCAAAAACACAUUAACAAAUAUAUUCAAAGUGGUUGAAUAUUGAGGACAUGCAAAAUUUCAUUUAAAAAAAGGUCUAAUUCUUUGGACAAAAUAUUAGGAGACCUGUCAUAAGAGAUUGGCAAACCUUAACUUUUGUCAGCCAUUGCAAAGCUUUGAUGUGUCAAGAUGAAUAAAAUCAUUACACUUUUGGAAUCCUAAUAAAAUGCAUAUCAGCAAAAUUCAUGUUAAGUUUGUUUGGCUUAUGCUUGUUGGCCUUUCUGCUAGGUCUGUGUUGUUGUUGGGGCGCCUUUGGGUUCCACUAUAUUCCAUUUUCUUCCAGUAAUAGCUGUUCAUUUUCUUAAUAAAAUAGUUAUUCUGCUUAUCACU